UGUAGGAUCAUAGCCUGAGUGAGACACUGUAAGCGUUCAAACUUGGACUUUCCCACAGCCACAUUACUUCCUAGAGGAGGAGUUCAACAGCAGCCACCGCCCCGCCGCAGCUAGGAAAGGAGGAGCCCCAGCCUGACAUCACAAUUCCCCUCCCUUCGCCGCUGGGCAGGACAGCAGCUGGCGAGCGCCUCGGUAUAUUGGUAGCGGUCCCUUCGCUCCCCCGGCCCGAUGCCCAAGAGCGCAGCGAUGAUGCGCCCUUCGGUGCCAGAUUCGACGCACUGAAACCACGCGCAGGAUGAAGGAUCUGCCCGGCGCCUCGCUACAGAAGGCUUGCCGCCUCCUCGUGAUCUUCUGCGUCCUCCACCUCCUGGUUGUGGUCUGCUACUACCUGGCGGGCAGCACGCUGAGCCUCCAGUGGAGUCCGGAGCCGUCGCCCCGCGGCUUGAAGCCCCCGCAGAGGGGCCUCCAGAUGCUGUCGGCCAAUGUCUCCAACCCGGAGGCGGAUUGCCCCGACCCUUCCCCUCUGCUGGUUGGUCCAUUACGUGUGGAGUUUUCGCUAUCUGUGGAUUUGAAGAAAGUCGAGGAGGACAACCCAGAAGUCAGGGAAGGAGGGCGCUACACCCCAAAGGACUGCAAAGCACUUCAGAAAGUAGCAAUUAUCAUCCCAUUCAGAAAUCGAGAUGAACAUUUGAGUUACUGGCUGUUUUAUCUUCAUCCAAUCCUUCAGAGACAACAGCUUGAUUAUGGUGUAUAUGUAAUUAACCAGGAUGGAGAAGAAACAUUUAACCGUGCAAAGCUUCUGAACGUAGGCUUCACAGAAUCUUUGAAAGAAUAUGAUUAUGACUGCUUUGUAUUUAGUGAUGUUGACCUAAUCCCUAUGGAUGACAGAAAUAUCUACAAGUGCUACAGCCAACCCAGGCAUCUCUCUGUGUCUAUGGAUAAGUUUGGAUUUCGCUUGCCUUACAAUCAGUAUUUUGGAGGAGUGUCUGCUUUGAGCAAGGAGCAAUUUGAAAAAAUCAAUGGGUUUCCCAAUAAUUAUUGGGGCUGGGGUGGCGAAGAUGAUGAUAUUUAUAACAGGCUUGUUUUUAAAGGCAUGCGGAUCUCCCGCCCAGAUGGUGCAAUUGGGAAAUGUCGGAUGAUUCGCCAUUCAAGAGACCAGAAAAAUGAGCCCAACCCACAGAGGUUCAACAAAAUUGCUCACACAAAGGAGACAAUGAACUCUGAUGGCUUAAACACUCUGAAAUACACAGUUGUAAAAACUGAUAAAUUCCCAUUGUAUACAAAAAUCACAGUGGAUGUUGGAUCACCAAAAAGCUAGCAUGGCAGAGGUGCAACAGAAGACUUGGAGGACCUAACCAGGGACUAUUCAUCCUAUCAGAAUUUUAUACCUGCUGUUUUUAUUACAAUCAACAUGAAAAAGGGUGCCUUGUUUUGCCAUUCAGAGGCCUUUCAAUUGGCUGGACAAAUAAGAAUUUUAAUCCCAGAUUUUGCUAUAUAACUCUUUCUCUCUUUUAGAUUUAGAACUAUUCAUAGGAGUUUGUAACUGUGUCCAGUUUCAGGAAAUGGUGGCAACAUAGGGGCAUAAUCCACUGUGAGGUUUUCCUGUACAAGCCCCACAGAAAAGCAAGCAAGCUGUGUGAUGGUACCAUCCACCCAUGCAGCUCCUGUGUGUCUCAGUGGGCCUUGCUCAAGAGAGUUGCAUGAUGGGAUUGUGCCCUGUGUGUUUACUACAGUGUUCUCCAGUUUAAAUAAUAGUAACACACAACUUGGAAAAUAUUUCUGCUUUACAAAUAAUUAUGUAUUCAGCAAUUAUGGGCCAUUCCCUUCCUCCCCCCCCCCAUUUAAUUUUAAAAUUAGGUAACAUUUAUGAAAAUUCACUGCUGUGGUUGCAGUUUGAAGAAGUGGAAAAUGCUGCUAAAAUUGUCUGAGUUUACAUGCUUUGAUAUAGCUCCCCUUCAUGUAGACAGAAUCAUUCUUUUCUUAUAGCUGUUGAAACAACUUCUCUAAGAGAGAAGAAAUGUAAAUAUCAAAACAAAAAUAGCCUUAAAUUUUGUUCUGCUGGCAGAGGAUUUUUUUAAUUAUUCAGACCUCUUUUGCUGAAAAAUAGCUUUGCAUGGCAAAAGUAUUAAAGCUCUCAUAUUAAAUGCAAGGUGCGGUUGACUUGGUACAGUCUAGGGGAGCUCUCAGCCCAUUGAUUGUAUUGGUCUGGGCUUAUGUCCACUGUGGGGAGAAAGUGCAAACUGUGAUCUAUCAUCUAUUUGAAUGCACUUCAGUCCCUCAAGCCUCCUAACUGAAGUCCCCCUUCUUUCCUGGAGCAGAAUGCUUAGGAAGAUACCAAGUUAAAAUAUACGUGAUACAGCCCAGAGAUCAUGCAAUGCUUUCUCCCCAGGGUGUGGGAAAGAGGCAGGGCAGGAUGCAAUCCUGAGGCUUGGGGCCAAGGUAUGUAAGAUAUAGCCCCUGGUGACAAGUUAAGCAUUCCAUAUGAGUUCUGUCAUGUUUUAUAUUCACUUGCUACAUGAGUUGGUCUGUUUGUGUGUAGUGUUAGCAUUCCAGCAUCACAUAUGUCCAGGCUGUUAUUGAACACGACCAAGUCACAGCUACAUCUGAAUGGGCCAAUCCAUAUGGCAAGUAUAUUUAAAUAUGGCAAGGCACGUGUAGAGUACUCAUACAGGUGCUCUGCAUCACAUCUUUGACCCUUAGAACUGAGUUGUACAUGACAUUAUUCACAUGGCAAGUAACUCUGCUUCUGUGGAACCCCAAAGGGCUUGAUCCCACAAGCUGUCCCAACACACAGAGCUGUGUUACCUUCAGCAGCAAAUUUUUCCUAGCUGUUUUAAGGAACAGGAGCAGGGAAAUUAACUGUUGGGGAUAAGAAUGGAAAAAUUGAGAAGCCCACCCAGACCACACCACCUUUUGCCUAACAAUAAGCUUCUCCAUCGAGAGCAAGUCUGAUGUUGAUCCGUCCUUCUCAGGAGCAUAAGGAUGGGGAAGCCUUUCUAGAUACAGAUUGUGGAGGGAGCCCUUCAAUGUUCUAUACAAGCAUAGCAGAGCUACUUGCCAGGUAGGUAAUAAAAUGGGUAGCUCAGCUCUUAAGAUAGUUCUCCCAGGACACAAUGAUGAACAGGCCUCACAUGUAGCAGAAUUAUUGCUUAAGGCAGUGCUUCACAAAGGCUGUGUGGAGGUAUCUGGCAUAUCGGAAUGUGAGGUGACAUUCAUUGUGCUCCUAGUUUGCAGUGUGGGCAUGCAACUACUGUAGAAGCACAUGGAAGCAGCUGUGGCCAAAGAUUUCAUGAGCAGCAGAGCCUAUUUCCACUUGUAGGUAAUGGCACCCGUGCAGAUAGGUAGGGUUUUAAGGAACACAUAGACAAUAAGGACUUUGAGUACACUUAAAUAACAGAGACCUUCUAUGAAAGCACCUUAUUAAGCAGAGUAGGAAUUCACCACUCUUCGUCUUUGCUCCACCAUGCAGCCUGGGCACAUGCUGCCUCUGUAGUUUGUAGCAGAGAGGGUGACCCAGUGACCAGUUCAAUGACCCUCAUUGAAAUCAGUAGAGUGACAAGUGGAAGGCUGUCCGUCCUUGACAUUGAAAGGAAAAAAAAGACUGGCAUAAAUACUAUUUCUUGGUUACUUUAUGUGUGAAUGUUGAGUUUCAUGUUUUUUUACGGUUACAAUGCAAUCUCUUUCUCACUAAGGAAUGGCAAAUUAUUUGUAAUUCUGGGCUCAUAAAGUGGUCUCUUUGUCAGAUAAGUUUACUGUUCUAAAGCCUACAUAUUGUAUAAAUAUCAAACAAAAUGUAUUUCUCUUGCAGUGUUGUGUGUGAAACUUGAAAUUUGUUUUUAUAGUUGCAACUUUUUAACUUUUAUGUAUAAUCCCCUGCAAUAUCUCAUUAACAAAUGAGAUAUUCUGGAGGAUUGUAUAUAAAAGCUAACUGCGACAUUAGGGAGCAUGUUAACACCGUCACCAUAAGCUGCAGGCAAAGUCGCAUUUAAACCAGACUAAAAAGGGGGUUUAUACAAUCCUUGUAAGAUUGCCUGUUCAGUCUUUUAAUGGGCUGGUACAUAAAAGGAUGGCAAAAACAUUUUGCCUUUUUAGUGUAUUGCUUGAGGAGAUGACAUCCUCAAACCUUUUUUUUUUUUUGAUAAAUCUUAAGAAUAUCUGUCUGUAUGCCUUUGAAACUGAGGGCCUGAUUGGAUGUUGUGUUGUCCCCCUACCCUCUCUGGAUUGUCUGUGGGGAAUAAUGAAGAGAUUGCAAUGCUGAUAGAUUACAAAACUGGACUUCUUCCAGAAUGUCAGAAUCCUUGAUUUUUGCUCAGCGCUCUACAUACAUACCCACAUUACACUUUUAUAAGGUGUUUUUACAUGGGGUUCCCAGUGGUCUCCCUUUCAAGAGACUAGCUCACACUCACUUAGUUUUAGCAGUGCUUAUAGCAUCAGGCAGUCCCAAACCAUUCACUUGGCCCUGCUCAGGACUCAUGUAUGAACAGGGGUAGGCGUCAACUUUAGGCUUCUCUUGCAUGCCCUCCAAUUUCUCUCACGAUGGCACAUAAGUAAUCUCAUCUCAGGAAAACACCUUGGAGCAACAAUGCAGAGACUUGUGACACCUUAAAUUCCAACAAGUUUUGUUACACCAUAAGCUUCUGUGGACCAUUUCAUCAGAUGCAUGAAAUCUAAUCCUGAAUUAGCAAGCAUAGUUUCCACAUUCCUCAGCGGUCCCCCUAUAUUGCCUCAGGUGUCGGUAGCAGCCCCAGAAAUAUCCACUGUCCCUCACACCCAACCAAGUUGUAAAGGAUGUGGAGUUACCUUUUCUGCUCUCUUGUAAACACCCAACCCUUUCGACUUUUCCACUCCGCUUCCUCAACAGUAUUGCCAAAGGAAAGCCACCCACAGUUUAUCUAGUCAUAGACAAACUAAGAGGGAAGCCUGCUGCUGUUGCUCUAGGUGCUGCUGCUCAGGGGAAAAAACAUGCUUGUGGAAUUCUGUUUUGCACAGCCUACUUGCCCCUGGUUGGAAACCAACAGCAACAGUCAAAACAGAGAGAUUCUGUCCUCUCCAAUCAUCCAGCAUGCUCCACUCGUCCUCUUGCUCUGAGGCUUUCCAGCCAUGCUAGGAACUGCUACUAUAUUGUGCUGUCUGGAGCUCCACCCCCAUCUCGCCAAGAUGCUGCAGCAGUUGAGGGCUCCCCCCCCCACGUGCCUGAAUGCAUGCACGCUUGCAGAUGCUUGCAGGAGGGACAGGUGUGUUUGCGUGUGUGCAUGCACUGAUUCGUCUUUUGCUCUGAUUCCCCAAGUCCUAACCAAGUAAUCAGUUCUAAUUAUCAUCCCAAGGUCUAAAAGUACUAACCCCCCUCCUCAAUCUAUUCAUCCUUUUGUCUUUACAGUGUAGCAUCCCCACCACAACCACGUUGCUCCUUCUUGAUAAUUAUUUUUUAAAGCUCAGCAGGUUGGCUGUGGCUGGGGUCCACAUACUGCAGCUGAAAUGUAUUUAUUUAAUUAUUAUUGCAUUUAUAUCCCACCUUUCCUCCAAGUUGCUCAAGGUGGUGCACAUGGUUCCACACCUUUCCAUUUUAUCCUUACACAGACCCUGUGAGAUAGGUCAGGCUGAGAGACUGUGUCUGGUCCAAGGUCACCCAGUGGGCUUCAUGGCUGGGUGGGGAUUUGAACCUGGAUCUUAGUCCAACACUGUCACCCACUGGUGUUGGGAGACAGGACUGUACAUCUUCAGACUGCGUGGGAGAAGGGUAUACAAAUUUGAUUGGACCUUUCCAUUAAGAAAAGAAAGCAACAUCUCCCUGUCUGCAGGGAGCUUUUAAUGGAAAGGGAUAUUUAGAGAUGUGAUUUUGCCACACACCUUUUUUUUUUAAUUAACAGACUUAAAUUACAAUUGGGGGGGGUCACAAAAAAUUUUGAGCUUACAAAGGGGGUCCCAUACUUAUAACGGCUGGGAAGCACUGCUCUGUCUCUAGCUUCAUUGGAAUCCUGACCAAAUCUGGUCUAGUAUGAAAAAUGGAAAUGGACUGCCUUCAAAUCGAUCCUGACUUAUGGCGACCCUAUAAAUAAGAGUUUCAUGGUAAGGUGGUUUCAGAGGUGGUUCACCAUUGCCUUCCUCUGAGGCUGAGAGGCAGUGACUGGCCCAAUGUCACCCAGAGAGCUUUGUGGCUCUGUGGGGAUUUGAACCCUGGUCUCCCAGGUCAUAGUCUAACACUAACCACUAUGCCACACUGGCUCUCACCUGGUCUAGUAUAGGGAUGCUAUUAAGGGGGUAGUGAUGCCAACAAAAAAAAAAUCCCCAACUAGACCGAUGCCUCAAAUCCACCAAAAUCUGACUGUAACCCACUAGACACCAUAUUUGGUAACGUUUUUAUGUAAUUGUGAAACACUGUUAGGAGGAAUUGCUUAACAAUGUGGAUAAUAGAAUUUAAAAGGUUCAAAAAGGUUCUGUGUUGUAUUUAAGUUUGAAACUGCAGAUAUAAGUGUGUGCGCAUGUCUUUUAAAUCUGAGAGAAGUAUGGAGGUUUUGCAUUCCUGGUGGUUGUUUUUUAGAUAUAAAACAAGUCCUGUGUUUAUGUGUUUUGUUGGUUGACUACUCUGAGAACAGGAUGCUAGACUUAAGAUGGGCCUUUGGCCUGAUUCCGCAGGCUCUUCCUGUGAAGAUUAUAAGAUACAAAGGAUACCUGUUGUGGAAUCACCUGAUUUAAAUACAAAGGUUCCUCAUUGGGGAGGCAGGUGCACUCUGUGCAUGCUCAUGCCAGUUAUUUCUGAGGCAUAUAGCUCCUCUGCUCAAGUCUCUGGGAGCUGGCUGUGGUUUGUGAGGGGAAGUUGGUGGUGCUUAGGCUGCAUCACACUUUGAUUGGGUAGAAUAUUGCUGCACUUUUUCCUUCUCAGUAAGCUAAUUGGCAAGAAUCCCCUUGUCUUUAUACCUUUAAAAAAACAAGAGGAACUGGUGACUUAAUUUAAAAAUCCUCCUCUGCCACUGGCUCAUUGUGUGGUGUUGGGUACAUUACUCUGGUACCCUUUCAGUCAAAGAGGUAGCCAACUAGCCAUGGCUUACAGCAGAAAUGAAACAAUAGUCAAAUAGCACUUUAGAGACUGUACAUAGGAACAGAAAUGCAAACAAUGAAAAAUACGAUAAAAUGUCUGAAAGUAGAAAAUCUAGCCAAAAAAGGCUAGAUUUUGGCUAGAUAGUUUCAUGAAAUACAUAACAGAGAAAAAAUGAAAUUGAAGUAUUUGUAAAAACAAUCAGAUUCUGACCAUAAAAUGUUUGCCACCCACUAGAUUUCCCACUAGCUACUAGACAGGAAAAUUUGCCACCAGACGUGUGCUGAAAAAGACUAGAUUUAGUGGGGGGAAAUCACUAAAUUGGCACCAGUGUUGGGGUGUGUGGAUAUGCAUACUAUGCAAACAAUUUUCGAAAGGUGCACAUUAUAGUUUUGUUGUGUGUCUGUCUGUGCGCACGUGUGCACAUGUGAAGAUCAGGGGAAAAUGCCAUAGAACCUGUAUUUGAUUAUAUGAGAGUACAUUUUAGCUCUUUCAGGUUCAAAGGUUUUGAUAAAAGUGCCUUUAAAAUUCACGGCGGGGGGGGGGAAUUCUUCUCCAUAGAACAGCAUUUGAUAAGUUACUUUACCAUUGCUGUGGCUCAUUUAUUUGUCUUUACAAGAUACAACAUUAAAGACAUAUUAAUAAUAAAGGUCUUUUUUAUUGAUACAAAAUGUUUCUGCGCUUAUAUUUUAAUACUUUGAUGGUUCUUUCUUCUCUCCUGCCUACCCACCCCCAAUUUGCAAUCAUUUAUUCAGAAAGUGUUGACUUGCACUUCUGUUUUUAAACUGAAACUCUGGACAACAUGAAACCCUGUUCUGCGCUGAGGGUAUUCUUUUCAGGCAUUAUUUCUCAAAAGUAGGAGAAAUUCAAUUUAGUUUGCAUUUAAAGCUGAAUCCAUCAAAUUUGGAUUUUCCAAAACAAUAUGAGAAGUGAACACAGCCAUCCUUUUCCAAAUUUUGCUAUGCAAUUCUCCAACCAAACAAUGUUUACAGACAUGAAUAUAUUAGGGGAAAUGUGCAUAAAAUAUUAGUGAAAAUAGUAUACAAUAUGUACCAUUUUGGGGCUCCUCCUGGCAGUCCCACCCCAUAUAUACAGUCUGCCUAGUAAACAUCACAAGACGUCACCCUAAGAGUCAGAAACGACUCGCACUAUAAGUGUGGGGACACCUUUACCUUCUACUGGGAGGAAGAGUGGGAUAUAAAUUAAUAAAUAAAAUAAAAUUAUAUUGGGAUAAAUUCCUUGCAAAAGCUUGUGUGCAUUGGUAAAAACUGCAUACAAAAGUAUGUGUGUGAGGAGAAAUUCACACCAAAAUGCUGGAGUUUUGUCAGGAUUUUUUUUUAAUUGCUGCAAAAAUGUAGAGAACUUAAUAAUAAUAAUAAUAAUUUAAUUUAUGUGUCGCCUAUCUGGCCAAUGGCCACUCUAGGCGACGUACAAAUCAGUUGCAGUAAAUGCAGCACAAUAAAAUACACAUAAAAUACAAUAUAACAAGGAAACUAUAAAUAGGAAUGAUAACAGUUCAGAGUAAUAGGCAGUUAGUCCUGAAAAUUAACCCUCCCCGGAUGUCCCAAAGGCCUGUCUGAAAAGCCAGGUCUUCAAGGCUUUGCGGAAUACAUUCAGGGAAGGGGCAUGCUGAAGAUCGUACGGGAGGGAGUUCCAGAGAGCGGGGGCUGCCACUGAAAAUGCCCUCUCUCUAGUCCCUACCAACCUAGCUGUUUUAGUUGGUGGGACUGAGAGAAGGCCCUGAGUGGCUGAUCUUUAAUUUAAUUUAAACUUAAUUUAACUUAAUUAAAGACUGGGAAAAAAUAGAAUUUCAGAGAACUAAAAUGGACAGAUCCUUCAAUUCCUACUCAGAAGUGCAUGUCACUUGGGAAACCUGCACUUACCAUUCCAGGAUUGAAAUUAAGGUCCCUUUUGCAACUGCUGUAUGGCUCCUUCUGUCACAACCUCCCUUUUGCAGAGGUCCAAGGUCAUGUGAGAGGAGUCUAUGCUGCAGCUUCUUCCCUUCCAUGACAUUGGGGUGCCAUUUUGGAUGGAUUUUUAGGUGAAAGAGAGAAGAUUUAAGCAAGAUUCCAAGGCCAAAUUGAGAUUAAAACGGCAAAAAAGCUGUGUGUGGUAAGAACAUUGCUUGUUGAUUAUAUUUUUUUAGAUGUUACAGUAAGAUUGAUCAGCUUUUCCAUAUCUUUCCUCCAAAGGGUUUUGUGUCUUUUAAUGUGCAUACAUAGGGGCCAGUGCAGUGUGUACUCUAUGCCCUUUGGUGUUCCUAGCUCUUUCUGCAAUUGCAACUCUCUGGGCACAGAAUGGGGAGGGGAGUAUGCAGCAGGGUCAUCUGGUAUAUAGAUCAUGUUACUGUUUUAACAAUAAUCACUUCAUGUUUAAAAGUAGUGAGAUGGCAAUAAUUAAAAGGCUGAAAUAUGUGUACUCUUCAAAAUCUGUGUCCAGGCAAUCCAAGUUCUGCAUCAGUUGUGCACCACACUGAGCAAAAAAUGCAUAAAUAAGCAUAAAUAUUGCAACAUGCACACAUCCUGGUUAUAGAAGAUUUUGAUAAACACAUGGGGCUUGCAACACAGAUGGGCAAUCCCACCUUAGUGGCACCUCUUCUUCCCACACCAGCAUCUCUUCUCCUGGAGACUGGAGCAAUGCUGGCAAGGUAAGGAGGCAACACAUGGACUUCUUCCUUCUCACUUACGGUAUGAUGUUACCAAGCAUGAAGUGCAGGAAGGAUAUUUCCAUGCUGCUGUUAUUUCUAUGCUGCUAAAAGUACUGUUGGGAGGGGCCCUAAGUGUAUGGUGGCAAUUCAGUUCUGAAGAGAGAUGCAAAGUUGUAAAAUCACCAUAGAUGCCUGUUAUCUUCAGGACUCAUGUUAACUAUAUUGAGUGCAAAACGUUAGUGUUUUGCAUUCACCAUGGACAAUCUUUUCCUCUCCUCUUGCUGUCAUCUGUUAUCUACAUGUCAUAACUGUGGUUUUGUUCCUUUUUUAUAUUGAUAGCAAAAUAGAAUAUUUUUAAUAACAUUUGGUGACAUUCUUGGAAUAAAAAUUAUUUCUAUUUUUGUCAUA